AUGCUUGAAGAGUUUAAAGAUAACUCUCCUAUUGGUGCAAAAUGUGGAUUGUAUCUUUCACAGAAAUCAAAUCCUUCCAUUGUUCGCCAUUUUGGUUUGAGGCUUGUUGACAGCUAUAUUAAGAUACAUUGGAAUGAAAUCGAAGUAUCUGAAAAAUUCUUUAUAAAAGACAGUAUUCUUAAUAUUAUAGAAAAGUGUCAUAAGAAACCUCUUUUACAGCUUCAAAAUGAGAACGAAAUAUCAAAAGAUGAAGAUGACGGCAUCAUUACUGCUCAGUCCAAUGACAUUCAGUCAGUAUUGGAAGAUGAACUUCAUAUAAAAGAUGCUAUAUCACGCAUAGUUGUUGAAAUUAUUAAGAGAGAAUGGCCUCAGCAAUGGCCUACUCUUUUCCAGGAAUUAAAUGAUCUGUGUUUAAAAGGGGAUGCUCAAGUCGAACUAGUCUUGUUGAUAUUUUUAAGACUUGCAGAAGACGUAAUGCAAUUUCAAAAUGUUCCUGACAAACGAAGACGAGAGAUACACAAGUCUCUAAGCUCAUCUUUUAAUGAAAUGUUUGCAUUUUUCUGGAAAACACUGAGUGAAAAAUGUGAAAAAUAUUUUUUAAAUAAACAAGUUGGUGCUGAAACUGAGGCACUAAUACAAUGUCGAGUGGCAAAAGUUACUUUGGAAACAAUAUGCUUAUUUCUGGAAUGGGUUCCUAUUGAUCUCAUUUUUGAAAAUAAGUCUAUGCUUAAGUUGCUAUAUAUUGAUGAUUUUACCGAGACAGCUAAUAAUAGUACCGACAUUCACAAUGAUGAUUAUUCAACUGGCAAUGAUGCUGAGUUGAGUGUUAUAUCUCAUUCCACACAAAGUUUUUGGUCAGGAAUUUUGCGUAGUCCCGAGCUCUACCAAAACUCACCAUUUCAGCAGAUUCUUCAUUCCUUAGUUAAAAUUGAAAGUGAAAAGCUGCUCAAGGUAGGUUAUCCUUCAAAAAAUGAUUCUGCUGCUUGUGAAUAUUCCCGCUUAGAAUUUGACUCUGACGAAGAUUUUGAUGCUGCAUUCCCUAAAUUUCGUGCCGAAGUUUGUGAAAAUUUGAGGCUCAUUACUAAGCUUUAUCCCAAAAUUACCUUUUCCUAUGGCAACACUCUAUUGCGAGCUCUCAUGAAUGAUGUACAAAUGUUUGAUGGUGUUACUGACAGUCCAAUUGAUCGCCAUGUUUCAUGGGAGGCAAUCAUAUAUCUGAUGGAUGCAAUAGGCUCCAUUUUAUUGAAAAAUAGUCAAGUGGAGGAUGUAAAGCUAUUAGCAAAAGAAGGUUUGGACCUUUUGCAUCUCUGCCUAAAUUUUAAUACUGAGGAUCCAGUUAUAUCGUCUUCUAUGCUUUCUUGUAUAUCAGCUUUAUUCUUCUUUCUUGAAUUUUCCUCUGAAUUACUUCUUACAGUUUUUGAAAAAGUAUUUUCUGUUUGGACUUGUUAUACUACUGAUGGUAGAAAUCAGGCUUACAUAAAAGAAAUUCAAAAUAUUAGGAGGCAUGCUGGUGCAUUGUUUAUCAAAUUAUGCUUAUCGUGCCCAAAAAUAAUUAUGCCAGCAUUUGAAUUAUUGAGUCAGCAUAUUCAAGAUUUUAUCCAGCACUCUCCCAAUCUAUCACAAAUUGAAAAAAGCUCUCUUUUUGAGGGUUUGAUAAUUCUCAGUAAUGAAAUAUGUGAUUAUGACAAGCAAAGGAAUUUUCUACAAACAUUACUCUCUCCAGUUAUAUCUCUUUGGCUGUCGAAUAAUAUACAGAAACAUAUUUCUACCCCCGAAAAUUUUAUACUUGGCAUUGGUUUGGAUCAAGCUUCAGAAAAUUACCAGAAUAUGGAAAAUAAGAUUAGAUCAGAUGUUAUGCUUUGUCUAAAUGUCAUCAAAGCUUGUGUUAAAAGGUGUAAACUACCCAGUGACCUCGAGGCAGCUAAAAAAGGAAAUUUUAUCCAUCCUUUGAGUCAAUCAUUGAACAUAACAUUGUAUCAAAAUCCUUCUGCUGUUCAAAUUUUACCUACAAUUCCAGGAAUAUUUGCUUUUAUUAAAACUCUUGACUCACUGAAUGAUCCAAAUAUGCAAAGUAAAAUUCACCCAAGUUUUUCUGGUGUAAUGGAAAUGACCGAAACAGAUAAAAAUGCAAUUUUAGGCAUUCCAAACAUUGAAAACUCACAGCAGCCUCGAACACCCUUUGAACGUAUGAAAACACACUUGCAGACAUUAUAUGAAAAUUGUAUUCAAAUCCUGGGCUGUUCAGUUGAAAAUCUCUUUAUUGACUUCUAUACAAUACAGUCUUUGCCUUGUCUUCUUACUGACAACAUGUUUUGUAAUAUACAUAAUCUUACCGACUACAAACUUAGACAACUAAUUCGUAUAUUUCUAAAGCCGUUUUUUCUUCAAUGUCCUCCUACUGCAUAUGAUAUGUUAGUGAAUGUAAUAUUUGGAUUUAGUCAAUUCAUGAGACAAAAACUUACAAUUAGAUGGCAAAAUUUCAAAAAGAGAUAUGGCUCCUGUGCCGAAUAUGAACAACAAGAAUCUGAAAUACAAGAAGUUCUAGAGGAUCAAUCAAAUCGUUUAUUAACAAGAGAAUAUAUAAAUUUUUUAGGAGCUUUGUUAACAUAUAAAGGCACAAAUCUAGAUGUUAGUGAUGUUGGUAUGGAAGAUGAUAGAAAUGAGAACUCUCAACCAAAAUGCAUGUCAGAGUUGGGAAUAAAGCUGCUACAGUGUGAGAAUACACGAUCUAUAAUCAUUUGCACGUUUUUUGAUGCGCUAUCAUGGCUGGAUACAGUAGCAAAUCUUAAGUGCAUAUCCUUUUGUGAACUCAUUGUUAAGCAGCUUUUUAAAGAAGAUAUGAUAAAGUCUAUGCAAGAAGCUAAUUAUUUGAUGUUGAAUGUUAUACAAAGUCUUCAAGACUUAGGCGAACAUGAAUAUAAUCUAGGUCAACUCAUUUCAUUAGGUGUUCUUUUGUAUGAAAAUCUUAGAACUAAAUUUCCUGAACUACGUGAAACAAUUUUAUUGUAUACAUCCUGUGAUCCACACUCAAUAAAAGUAAGAGUUUUUUUUACAAGAAAUCUUGUGAGUAGUUUUCAAAUUAUAAAAAUAUACUCAAAAUGAAAAAAAAUCUGGAACAUAAACCAAAUAUA